AUGCACCACGAAAAGCAACCCGAGAUGUUUGCUAACAUCGACGACCCCGGCUCAUGGCAUUACUGGGGCUUAGUUGACGAUGAACUUCGUCAGAUGAUCCAGGAUAAUGUCUCGAGAAGAUUUCCUCCUGUCGAUGUCUCCAAACUCACAUCCAUUCGGGAAGCAUGGGUGGAGGGAAUGACCCGAGACAUGUUGACCUUUUUGGAGGCCGCCAAAAACGAAGUGUCAUUCAGUGAGAUUCUCAUUCCGCGCCGAGACGGCACAACGGGACGUGCUCUAGUCUUCAGACCAAAGUUGACCACCGCGCUUGAGGCACCUGCGGUUGUUCUGAUCCAUGGCGGGGGCUUCCUAUUUGGAUCUGCCGAGAUGGAGGCAACGGCUUGCAUUGAGGCGACAAAGGCUCAUGGUUGCGUAUCAUUGAGCCUCGAUUACCGGCUCUCACCCGAGGCUAAGUUUCCAGUGGCGUAUGAAGAUUGUUGGGACGCUUUACAUUGGUUAACCGAAAACGCUGAAGUCCUUGGGGCAGAUUUGACCAAGGGAUUUGUCCUGGGCGGCACCUCCUCCGGUGGCCAAAUGGCUGCAGCAUUAUCUCACAUGGCCCGAGAUCAAUCAUUGUCACCUUCUCUGAACGGCGUGUAUCUUAAUGCAACGUCCAUUGUGCAGCCAGAUGCCGUCCCGACCAAGUAUAAGUGUUGGUAUCGAAGCAAUGAUGACAACGACGGCAAGACCGGUUUGUCAAAGAAGACAACAGCUGUGUUCCGAGCAGCUGUUGCUCCAGACAUUGAAUCGGAUUUCUGGAACCCGCUGAAUUGGAGCACCGGGCAUGAGGCUCUUCCGCCGACAUACUUCCAGAGAUGA